GUGCGCGCCGCCCCCCGCGGGGCGCGAGGCGGAGCCGGCGGCCGUUGGGGCCGUUGGCGCUGCCCGUGGAGCCGCCGCCGGCGGAGCGCAGCUGAGCUUCUCAGCAGCAGUGACACCUAUGCCUGGAGUGGGAGAUUGCGCUAAGCAGACAUCUCUGAUCUUUCUCUCUUGUAGCUGCUGAGAGAAGUCUGCGGCAUUACCUCUAGUACAGCUGCAACUAUGACUUGACUCAUUUGCAUUCAUGGCUCUUGGAUGAUCUAGUGAACCAUGGAGCUCAAAGUAUGGGUGGAUGGAGUCCAGAGAAUCGUGUGUGGGGUCACUGAAGUCACAACAUGCCAGGAAGUUGUAAUAGCCCUUGCUCAGGCUAUUGGCCGCACCGGGAGGUACACGCUCAUCGAGAAAUGGCGGGACACGGAGCGGCACCUGGCGCCGCACGAGAACCCCAUCGUGUCGCUGAACAAGUGGGGGCAGUACGCGAGCGACGUGCAGCUCAUCCUGCGCCGCACCGGGCCCUCGCUCAGCGAGCGGCCCACCUCGGACUGCGCGGCACGCAUCCCCGAGAGGACUCUGUACCGGCAGAGCUUGCCGCCCCUCGCCAAGCUGAGGCCGCCCGGCGACAAAGCCAUGAAGAGGAGGGAGCCGAAAAGGAAGUCCCUCACCUUCACCGGCGGGGCCAAAGGGUUAAUGGACAUCUUUGGGAAGAGCAAGGAGUCUGAGUUCAAGCAAAAGGUGCUCAACAACUGUAAAACGACAGCGGACGAGUUGAAGAAAUUGAUCCACCUCCAGACAGAGAAGCUCCAGUGCAUUGAGAAACAGCUGGAGUCCAACGAAGCUGAGAUCCGCUACUGGGAACAGAAGUAUAAUUCCAGCCUGGAAGAAGAAAUUCUCAAACUAGAGCAGAAGAUCAAAAGGAAUGAAGUAGAGAUUGAAGAGGAAGAGUUCUGGGAAAAUGAGCUGCAGAUCGAACAGGAGAAUGAAAAACAACUGAAGGAACAACUUCAGGAGAUGAGGCAGAGGAUCCUGGAGUGCGAGAGCAAGCUGAAGGACUAUGUGUCUCAGAUCCACAACAUGGAAAGUGGCCUUGAAGCAGAGAAGUUGCAGCGGGAAGUUCAAGAGUCUCAGGUGAAUGAAGAAGAGGUCAAGGAGAAGAUCGAGAAGGUGAAGGGUGAAAUUGAUAUUCAGGGUCAGCAGAGUCUGAGGCUGGAAAACGGCAUUAAAGCUGUAGAACGGUCUUUGGGCCAAGCUACCAAACGGUUACAGGACAGGGAGCAAGAACUGGAGCAACUGACAAAGGAGCUGCGACAGGUUAACCUGCAACAGUUCAUCCAGCAAACAGGAACGAAGGUCACGGUGCUGCCAGCAGACCCUGUUGAGGUGGAAGCCCCACACGUGGAGCUUGAGAGAGAGCCAACAUUUCAGUCUGGGUCACUGAAGCGCCCUGGCUCAUCGAGGCAACUCCCCAGUAACCUUCGGAUUCUACAGAAUCCCCUGUCAUCUGGUUUUAACCCGGAGGGCAUUUACGUAUGACAGUACAUACCUCUUCUGGAGAGGACCUAGCAAGGUACCCUGGACAAGAUACACUUUUGUUUUGUUCUGCCAAUGAUGAAUGGAAGAAGAUUUUUUUUUUCCUUUUUGUUUUGUUUCUUUGCUAAGCCACCGUAUUGUUUUCUCUUCUUCCUCCAACACACCACUUGGAGCCAUACCCUGUGCACUGAUGCUAAAGAGACAGAGCAACUCUCUCAGUUCAUACUUGGCAAGGAUGACCUUGCUGUCAACACAGCUAGAGUGCAAAAACCUUCAUUUGUUUUUCCACUUCAGAAGUGUUUGGGAAAGUAUUGUUCCUUGUAUAGGCAUAAAUAAAAGACUGAGGGUGAAGGAAAACACAUAUGCAACUUACCUGAGGUUUAAUUUAUUCCCUUUAAUCAAUGGACGUGUGAAUGUUGACCUUUUAUAUUUUUAUUUUUAACUUGUGAAUAAUCAUGUAUGGCUAUAUGUCAGUCUGACAAGGUGACUUUAGUCUGUGGGUACAAACAUCCACCGUUUGAUCAAAUACAGUGAUUUGCAGUGCAGAGUUCUGUGGAGUGCCGAACCAUUAAAAUGGUUUCUCACCACUAACUCUGUUAAUUUCUGUUGUGGGUCAUAUUAUGCCAUGUUCCAUCCAUAGCUACCUUCUAAGGCUUGAAAAGUGAGCUUGUGGGAUUUACUUGCCAUUGAAUCUGCCUUGAAUGAACCACCUAGUGUUCAAAAGAUUUAUGGAAUUUAAACCUUGGCUUGGUAAAAGUAUUUCCAGUAUAUGAUUGAGGAUGCACUAGUUAGAUGAUAUUUUAUUAUAUAGAAUGUAUAUUUGAAAUAUUUUGCCACAUUGUAUAUGCCUUUUGAGAAAAGAACAGUGUAAGAAGUUGUCUUCAUAUAUCUUACCAAAAGAGAGCAGGAGGCUUUCACUACGUGUGAUUUUGUACUUUAUUUUUUCCACUAGCCGUUACAGUGUUCUUGUUUUGCGGUAAAUCUUGCUAUUGGGGGAGAAAAAAAGACCAACAAACACCCACAAAACAAACGAGUAUCCUUUUCCAGCCUUCCAGAAUUCAUUCAUGUUUUGUGGAGGGAAGAAACCUAGCAGAGUCCCCUGCCCUGAGUUGGGGCCAGGACUUCAUUCCAGGUCCCCAGUCUUAAAUGGCUGACAUUUAGUCCCUUUGGAAGAUGUAUUGCUGCUCAGUCGCUUACAGUAUAUAAAGCUUACAAACAGGAAAUGCACGGGUUUGGUAGUCAUUUUUUACAAAGCACAUGAAAAGAGAAUAUUAUCAUAUCUUGAUGUCACUCAAAUACAAUCAGAGCUGAGCAAGAAUUAGACAGAAUGGCUUUAUGAAGAAAGUAAGACACUACCAAGUAGCAUUUUGGCUACAGGCCUUGAAAUUAGAUUGCUGGAGUGGACCCCAAGUUUGUAGAGAAAGUUACUGGCAUCAGUGGAACACACCGUAUACGUUAAGAGGCUGGCCUCGUGGAUGAGAAGGGAUGGGCUUUACCCAGCGGCAUUCAGAUUUUCUGCUCUAAGAGCAACUCAUAUCCUCAUCCCCACCUGGAGGUGAGAGGGGUCACCAUGCUUUUGCCACUGUGUAGAAUACCUGCACUUCAGUUAGUGCCAGAACGACAGAACUCUUGAUGCCCUUGAGAGGGUCAGGAUUUUGCCACUGGUAGGAAACGUCAAUCUUUUUGCCAUAGAAAUUACUUAAGAAUUUUUAACUCCUGGCAUCCUCUUGUGUUGGUUUACUGAGAUGCAGAUAAAUGUUACAUGAAGUUUCCUUUUUUUAAAAAAGGAGCUUCCUGACAAGUGGAAGUUUUAUAAGGUGUAGUAGAAGAUGAAGGACUCUUGAGUGUUUAACGCAUUUUUUUUCCUUUUCCACUUAUUAAUGGCAUCAUAUAUUCUAAAAAUGCUGCUGUAUUUAGACUAACAGCACCAGAUAAGGCUGUGAAUAUAUAAAGGACCUUUCCAAAUGAACUCUGAAUUUUUACUGUUUAACUUAUCAGGUCUUUUUUUAAUUAUUUUUAUUUUCCUUUGUGAGCAAACUGGAAAGUGAGAUGUUCUUACCUGAGGAAUCUUGGCAGUGCUCACAGAUUUUACUGUUCAUUUAUCACAACUCUGUGCUCAUGUCCACUGUGCCCAUAAGUUUGUAUUAAAAAAAAAAAAAGAAUGUGUGUAUAUAUAUA